GCCGGGCUUAACAAACAACUCAUUUUCUUAGUAAUCACAAAAUCACCUCGGUGUAUUCUACUUGUAGCGACUAGCCAUAUAUUUAUUAUAUGUACACCAUUAUAUGUGCAUACAUACUUAUUUACAUGCAUCAGACAGAAAUAUUCCAUCUAAUCCGAUUUGUUCUCGAUUCAAGUUUUAUUUACAAAUAUAAUGCAAGCAUCCGUAAAUAAUAAAUUACAAGUCGUGCUCAAUUACGCCCUUCUCCUCCUCCCAGUGACACACAUUAACGUUUACUGAUCUUAAUAAGUAUUUAAUCAUUUCGUUGGUGCUCAAAGUGAAAUUUAUGUUCAAUUGAAAUUUGAAAAGUGUCGUUAUUACCUCAGAGUUUCGGAACACAAAUUCUUGUAACUGGUAUUGUGAGCGUGGGUGUAUUAAGCCAAAAUUGUGAUUACUUCAAUGGCUGAGGAAGGAUUGCUUCAUAAACUAACUGCAUUCCUCAACUCAUGCACCAUUAAACCACAGUGGUCUCAUUUUACAUGGGAUAAGGUAAUUGGCUCUGAGGAUGCGAAACGUGAACUGUAUCGUAAUAUUGUGUUGCCUCACAAAUUGCUCGAGCUUCCUCGAUACUACGAGGAAUGCAAGAUUCCAACACCUGGGGACGUGAUGCUGGAGGGGGAGCCUGGAACCGGAAAGACGAAAAUGGCCUAUACUGCUGCCUCCACUUGCAAGGUCGAUUUUUUCUGCCAAGUCAACUGUGUGGAAAUGUUUGCAAAUUUUGGAAUCGAAUCUUCCCUCUUUAUCCGUCUGUUGUUUCAAACUGCCAAAAAACAUAAGCGAAGUGUUAUCUAUUUUCGCAACAUGGACUGUUUCGAGUAUGACUGCAAUUGGAUUAUCUUGCCAGCAAAGUCAGAGUUGAAGUACCAAAUGGAGUUUUGGCAAGAACGGUUCAGAUUUGUGCAGGGAAGGUUGGAAAGUCUCUCUGUCAUUGGAGCUGCACGAAAUGUGAGGAAUCUGGACCCUGUAAUCUUAAAUCGGUUUGGUAGUCGAAUUGUAGUCAGUUUGCCGAACCCUAAGCACAGACUUCAAAUGUUGCUCAUGUUCAUUGGACAGGCCCACACCUCGAUGUAUGACAAAGAUUGGAAGAUUCUGGUAGACCGUACGGAUGGAUUCACUGGUAGACAACUAAAGACUUUAUGCCAAAAUGUUGUAAAGACUGCCAAGGUAUACACCCUUUCAGCAGAGUCUCAAGAUACGGAGCAAAUUUGCAUCAGCUUGGAUUCAUUUUCACGAUGGGUAUCAAUAAACCAAUCAGUGCAACAACAAAAGGACUGCCAAACACUACGAAGUCUUGUGACAGGAUAACACAUAUGACAACCUAUUCCACUUAUGCUUAACUCAAGACUGCAAAUACAUUAUUAUACAUUCCACAUAUUUA